CGCGGAACGUUCGAAAUAGGCCGGAGAGAUCGUGUCUGUGGAUCUUCUCUCGAUCGGUCGCCACGCAUGCGCAGCAGGUCCCGCUCGCGCGAGCGAUCGGAUCCAACGCUGGCACGCUGCUUCCUUCGUGCAGUAUGGCACGCUCGAUUCCGGUUGUUCUCGUUGUCACCACGUUUGUGCGGCAGACUCUCCGUUCACCCGCAAGUACUACACACGGCGAAUAAUCACUGUCAGCCAUGGACGAGGAAUGGGAUGUGGACAACGUCGAGGCGAAAUUCGACCUCGCGAUGAGAUCGAACAAGUGGGAGGGCGAGGACGAGGAGGAGGACGUCAAGGACAGCUGGGAAGAUGUAGAAGAAGAGAAAAAGGAUGUAGAAAAACCAGCAGAGGUCCCAAAGGCAAAACCAAAACCUAAAAAAGCCCUGGCUGAAAGAAUCGAGGAACGCGAGAAAAAAGCAAAGGAAGAAGCUGAAAGGAAAGCGAAAGAAAAGGAAGAGGCACUUACACCGGAAGAAAGGCGGGUUGAAGUCUUGAGGCGUCAAAGGUUGCAAGAAGAGGCUGACUUACGGCUGGCGAUGGAAACUUUCGGUGUGACAGAAAAUGUGUCACAAAACGAAUCGCUCGAUACUAUGGUGAUACCAGAUACAAAAGAGGAAUUUGAGCGAUAUGGUGCAGCACUGUCACAAAAAAUUAAUCAAUUUAAUAAACAUGCAGAGUUUCCACUGUUUGCAGAAGAACUUAUAAAGUCUAUUGCUCUUAAUUUAUCGUCAAAUUACUUGAAAAAAGUGAAAACUAUAGUUGACAACUUACUUAUUGAAAAGCAGAAGAUGGAAAAGGGUGAUAAGGCGAAAAAGAACAAGGGCAAAGGAAAGGCCAAGCUCAAAAUCGAGGGUGACAAUACCUUGUUGAGCGAAUAUGGUGAUUAUGUAUAUGACGAAUAUGACGAUUUUAUGUAGCGACUUUUCACAUAUUCGUACAUUCUAGUCGCCUAAAUACACGCUGAGGAAUAUUAAUUUGCAGAAUUUAUACAGAAACUUUAUAUUUGUAAUUUUCUGCAUAUUGAAUUGUAACCAAAAUGUACAACGGUUUAAUCUAUAUCCAUGAUAUCACACUUAACAAGACGAGAAACAAAAAAAAAAAGUAGAAGCGAAAGCUAGCAUUACAAUAUUACCGGCGGAAAUGCUUAACACUUUCCGAUAACUGUGUAGUGGUGUCACAUUCACACGCAGUUACUCAGAACAGUUGGAGAUUCUAUGACUUACUGUUGAGUUUUAUUGGAUUUUUAUCCGCGCAUCCGUCGUUAUCAGAUUUUCAAUUUUGACGUUGAUGUCAGUAACGAUUUUAGCUUAAAAACAUUGAGGGUGUCGCGCAAUGUACGCGCGAUUCUAAUUUAUUGAUUGUGCAUACAUUAACAUCGGGCAAUGAAGGAUAGAACUAUAUUUACGUCUUUAAGUUGUAACCGUAUCUUAAUCUGUUAAAAGGAAGAAACUUUCCCAUCUUUAUAUAGCUGCGUCAUUGCAGACUAAACUCGUGUAAUUAUAUUGUGGAAGUUUUCUAUAACACAGCUUAUAUAUAUUCAUAAUGCAUACA